GCAUCGAGUGUUUUGCUGCCAAGAAAACUCUGGAAGUUCGUAUCCUGCUCAGUUGCACCAUUAGCGGAGACGAUGUGCUGGCCUACUACGAGGCCAUGCGUGUGCACUUCAAGAAUCGAAAAGACACUUUCUGGGAGACCUACUACAAGCUAGAGAAUGUCACCGUCAACAUCACUAAGUUCAAGUGCAUCGACCUUGAGGUUGCCUACUUCGAAAAAGUCGCAGCUUGCGAGACUGCCCAGCUGAAGCUCGAGCAGACGGCCUGUGAAACGCAUGAAAGGACCAUCGAGGCGUGCAAACCUCUUCCACAGUGCUAUAACGGCAACUGGAACCAGUACCUGGAGGAGAUGCAAAGCACGAACGACACCAUCCAGGACCUGAAAUACGAGUACCGUGCCAUUAAGCGCAUCGAAUGCUUGAUGGACGCCUUCGCUGCAGAUGACAUGGACAAAAAGAUCGAUGAGUGCAUCGAAAAGAGGCACAACACCGAUUUGGUGAACAGCACCUGUGUGGACAACCACGAGAACGUGCAGAGGGCGAGUUACACAAUGCAGGACGUUUGCAACACAGGAGUCAAAGCCAUCCUUGACCCCAAUGCCAGCAACUUCGAUGCCACGGAGUACACUUCCCAAG